CCACCACCUACCACAAUAGAAUGCUGAAAAAUCGCCCUUAAAAUAUCACCGCUUCUCUUCUAAAGACCAUCGUGUCUACUUCCAUUCCGAGGUUGCUGCCCAGUCACCUAGAAUCUGCCUUCAUUACAAGUCUAAAAUUUACGGUUGUCAAUUCUGAGCCCUUUCGAUGCGAUCCUUUUUCAAUAAGCCAUCUUGGGCAAGUAGGGGAGAGGAAACUCAGGACCUCAAGUUUUAUCAACAUGCUAGUCAAGUGUACAAUGAUAUAAUUUCCACGAAUCAGCAUGCGCGACGUGCCAACCAAAUUCAAGAAACUGAAACCAAACGGCGACGUACUCCCAUUGAGAAUCAUGGUGGUGACACAUUACCGCUGGGAACCUGCAAAACCUCUGACGAAUCUCUCGGUCAUCAACUGCCAUCCAAUGGCAACACUUUCAAUCGCAGAUCUGUACAUGGAAGCGAAGAUCAGCUCGGCAGCCAAGCUCCAGAUGCUUUAUCGCACGGACCAGGAGUGACAGAUCCCAGUGGUAUUGACCACCUGAUACCUGGGUUGGCGUCAAAAUCUCGGGACGAGAUUGUUACUUCUGGCACAUCGGCUGUAAAGAACCCUAGUGGAGGCAAGAGAACUUGCAUUGAUAACUCUCAACCCUCGAAUAGGCUGAGCCCUACUAAACCCCACUUGACACCCAGCAAGAAGCUUACAUCGUCCGAAGAUACGAUAGUCCAGAUCCUCAUCACCUCGAAAAUCAGUAACACCAAGCCGCUCAUAGUUCGCCGAAAAAUGCAUCAGCCACUGAAAGAUGUGCGCCUUGCAUGGUUAAAUCGUCAAGACCUACCGAAGGGGCUCGAGUCUUCUAUCUUCCUGACUUGGAAAGGGAAACGCCUUUUCGAUGUCACCACAUGUCGCAGUCUGGGGAUUGUACCCAAGGGUCGCCAUGCGCAUGGGCCUGUUGCCUGCGAUUCAUUACGAAGUGAAAGCUCUGACCUGCAAGUUCACAUGGAAGCCGCUACUGAUAAUCCUCUUGAUCCUGACAACAGUCGGUCAUUGUCUUCCGCCAAGCUAGCGCCAGGUGCAGACUUGGACAGCGGCGAGCUAUCUCUGAAAAAUAUCGUUUUAAAGGCCCCGGGGCUAGAUGAUCUUAGAUUGAGGGUGAGUCUCCAAAUGCAGGUCUCGCAGCUGAUUCGCCUAUUCCGUGAUGCGAGACAGAUUUCGCUGGAGCAUGACGUUUACCUUGUAUUUGAUGGUGAACGCUUAGACCUUGGAUGUGCUCUUGAAGAUUAUGAUCUUGCAAAUGAUGAUCUCCUGGAUGUAAUAGUCAAGUAACAAAUUUCAGU